GAACCGUGGGUGUGACCGAGAAGGACAGGCCCGCAGCAACCAUGAUAUGCAUGGAGUGGAUCGUAAUUUGUUAUGUUGAGAUGCGAUGGCAAACAUAACGGUCUCAUGGGACCGUAUGUGUUUUAUCUUGCUUCAGGAUAGCCGACUGUUUCAAGAAUGCCUUGUUUUCAUCCUUUGAUUGAAACUGUGUUCCUGGCCUCAAGAAAUGGAUGAAGCAAUGAGUGAUCCUGCUAAUGAGCCUCCUGACCUUGGGUCAUUGGAGCAAAUGACCUCCCACAUGGAUGGGGUUAAGGUCAAAGAAGAAGUUAGGGUCAAAAAAGAGUUUAAGCUGAAUGAUUUGGAAGGACAACGUCGAAGUGCCUUUAUGGCAUACAAGCCGGCCACCACCAUCCUGACAAACUUGCAACGGGGCAAUGUGCAGGCCGAGGUGGUCAGCGUGGAACCAGGCCAGCUGACGCUGCACCAGCGCGCUGGCAUGGGUGACCUCUCGCUGCUCGACCUGCAGGAAGCGGCCGGCGUUGAUGAGCCAGACGAGCUCGGCUACAGUUCGCUGAUGUGGGCGGCCGCGUACGGCCAGGUGCCCACCGUCCGGCUGCUGCUGGAGCAGAACGCCGCCGUAUCCCGUCAGGGCCCGGACGGCGAGACCCCGCUCAUCAUGGCCACCAGUAACGGACACUACGAGAUCGCCCGCUUGCUCAUCAACGCCGGGGCCGACGUCAACCACGCGGACGAGAACGGCAACACGGCGCUGAUGUUCGCCGCGUUCAGCAACAGCCCACACUCGGUCCACGAGCUGCUGUUCAGCGGCGCCGACAUCACGGCCACCAACGUCAACGGCGAGUCGGCCCUCUCCAUUGCCGUCAACCGCGCCAGCCAGCUCGCGCAAGUGGUGCUGGAGCGCUACAUGAUGGCCCAGGUGCUACCGGCGCUGAAGGAGUCCGUGCCGGAAUCGGCGGCCGAGCUGCGGUGACGGCCGCCGUCGGCGAGCGGCCGCUGGCGGCAGCACGAGCCGCCUCGGCCCUGGCACAGACCGCACUACGACCAGCCCGGCCCUGCAGGUCGGCGGCCGCUGCCCAGGCCGGCUCUGUACCGGCCUCCCGACCGGUGUCUGUGUGUGGGUGGUAUAUUCUGGCCGGCGUGUGCACCUGUGCGUUGGCUGCUGAGGCUGUUGAUGUGGCCGCUGAAAAGCUGAGCUGGCCGUAUGGCGACGGGUAUGACUUGUGGAUCCAUUAGGCUUAUAUAGGUGUGCGGAUAUGUAUGAAGUCUGAUCGGUACCUGCCGCCACCGCGAUCCUGGGGAACGAUUCUCAGUCAUGUGACGUCAUUAGCACGCGAUGCGAAUCCCAGGCGCUGCGCGGCCUGUGGUCUUCAUGAAAUGAGAAGUCAGAUGGUGGGUGGACUCAGACUGUCAGCCUAACGGCCGUCUUGCGCCACUGCGCGGCGCGCAAUAUGAUAUGACAACCCGAUAUGACAACGGGGUUUUUUACCCCGUUGUCAUAUCGGGUAGAAGGCCCGAUGCAGUUAUCCAUCCGAUGAGCCGAAACGGGUUAAUUUUGGUGCCUGGAUCAAUGUACCCGCAACAAGCUUUGCUUCGCUAGUGCUCUAAACCGAAAGCCAAGUGUGCAGAGAACAUGAAAUAGGAACUAACAGAAUUAAACUAAUACGGGCCGUGUUUCUAUACAGGCGGACGCUAAUCCACAUGUGUAAUCGGGUUGGCGGCAGCGUUUGAGCGUUUCGUUAUGCGGGUGGUUGUGACACGGCCUGCUGUCGACGAAGCCUGUAAUGCAGAGGUCCGUCAACAACAGACAGUGGUAAUCUUCAGAUAUUUCGAAACUAUGUAUGCCGUGAAUUGAUCGUGCAGCCGCGCGAGCGAUCCAUGUCCCGAGCCAAGUCGUGGUGCGCGGCCAAGUGGCGCAGCCUGGAUCGCUGUACCGACAACGCUGUACUGACAAGUUUUGCUCAGGAAAUGCGCUCAACCGAAGUACAAUCACGGAAAAUGUCUGGAAUAGUUUUUGGAAAAAGUGAAAGGAUUAAACAAAUACGUUUCAUAUUUAAGCAAGCAUAUUAGAUAGCUUUACUGAAAUAUAUUGAAUAUCUCAGAUAAUUAAACAAAUAUGCUGCCUUUCGUGCGCUGUUGCCCUGGAGAAGUCGGACCGAUAGCUGUUCAUAGAAAGCAUCACUGUGCGGGCUUUUAACCACAGAAGAUUGUAAACCCUGUUAACAGCGGUGUCAGCCGGCUGCAAGCCCGAAUAAUCCUGCUUGUACUCCAGCUGCGAAAUAAACGGAUGAGCUGUGGUGCAGCUGGCGCCAUGUUGUGGAGGCCAGAGGGUGUGCAUGUGUGUGCGCAUGGGCGCGCGCGUUUGCACGCGGGCAUGCGCAUGUUUGAUACUUUAUGCCUUUCAUUGCCCUCAUCUUUGUUAUUUUUACGUGAUAGGAAUAUCUCCGUGGCCCGAUCUUUUUAGGCAUUGAUUUUGUCAGCUAAAUAUUGGCUGUUUUUAUCAAAGAAAAUGCUGUCAUGCAUCGUAUUCUUUGGAGAUGAGUUGCCGUGAUUCGUUCCGCAAACGUACCUGUACUUGCGGCAGUGAUCAGUGUCUAAGUCUGUACUUCUGUCGUGGCUUUGUUUUCGUAGUUGUUCAUUGUGACGGAUGAUUUUUGGUGGCAGGAAAAGUGACGCAAGUGAGCACGUUGUGUAGGAUUGCAAUGCCCUUUGGUAUGGUUUAAAUGUGCGUUCCAUUCUACCUGCCGUGACGGUAGUGGGUCACCAUGAAUGCUUGCUUCCGCUAAGUAUCGAGGUUGGGCUGCACGUCCAGCUACAGGUCGCUGAAAGUAUCCUUUGGCCGCGCUCCCCGGCGGCAUUUCUGGCUAGAUUCCAGCCUUUGUGACGCCUCUCAGAAUGAGUCGGGACGCGCGUAUGGAUGUACUCCCCGCGUCACGAGCUGGGGUAGCCAGUGCGCUUUUUGCUGUGAGCUGGUCUUAUGUCGUCCACCAUGAUGUGUUAUCUCGCCAGUCUGUUUGUUGCAAGGCGAUAUCAAUAUAC